AUGAUCUCAGCCACACGUCGCUGGCUUCGGCGAAACCGCAAUGGAAUUGCCAUUGGUGCUGGCGUUAUCGGCGCUACAUAUUUGGCAGGACAAUAUGUCCUGGGCAAGAUCAACGAGGCACGGGAACGCAUGCAGAUGGACAGAAUAGCGAAAGACAACAUCCGACGACGAUUUGAACAAAAUCAGACCGACUGUACCAUCACCGUUCUGGCCCUCCUACCGACCCUGACUGAGAAUGUGUUGGACGAGCUACCUGUUGAGCAGUUGACACAUGAACUGCAACAAAAGAAGGCUGAACGGUUGGCACGUGCUUCAGGCGAAGGCAAGUCCGAGGCCUCAAGCAUGCAGGAUGGCGACACGGUCAGCAUGUCCAGUUUUCAAACUGGCAGCUUUGUCCAUGCUAGCCAAUAUCCCAUGGAGGGAAGCCAAGGGCGACCGCGAAGGACAAAGGCCCAACUCUGGAACGAGUUGAAGGUCACAUCCAUCACACGGGCGUUCACCCUGAUUUAUUGUUUAUCACUCCUCACCAUCCUGACCCGAAUCCAACUUAACCUGCUGGGACGCCUGAACUACCUAUCCUCUGUAAUAUCGCUGACGCAGCCUCCCCCACCUGGACGAGCCAAUUCAAUCUCACUAGAAGACCACGAUGAUGGCAAUGCAAACACCAGCUUUGGGAACGACUUCGAAACGAAUCGAAGGUACCUCACAUUCUCAUGGUACUUAUUGCACAAAGGCUAUAUACAGAUCAUGGCGAAAGUAAGAACGGCUGUCGAAGAGGUCUUUGGCGGCAUCUCGCCCAAUGAGGGAAUAACGGCCACCAGGCUCAGCGACUUGGUCCUCGCAGUCCGGAAACAUGUCGAAGGCGGCUCUGAGCAGGAGAGGUACGCCACGAGGUGGCUUCAGUAUAUGUUGCCCCCGAGGGAAGAGGAAGAGGCAGUCCUGAUCGAGUCAGGCGUCAUCACCCCAACUCCAUCGUCUCCUCCUGACCCAGUUUCUGAAGGAGGGAGCCGAUGGACACAGAGCACAUCUGCUCGAAUUGACACGUCAACAGGACCUUUGCGGCACCUGCUUGACGAGACAGCCGAUCUGAUCGACUCGCCCACAUUCACCAGAAUCCACACUAUUCUUCUCGGGUCUAUGUUUUCCUAUUUGAUUGACACCAAAGUCAUUCAGCAGCUAUACCCGCAGCCGGCGACGUUACAGCCUCAUUCUCCCUCGUCCUCGAUCUCCGGCACGCCGCACCCGCGCAUUAUAGACCUUGAUUCAGCGGUCACGGUGGUUCCAGGGGAGCCGCGCGUCAAGCUGGCCAACAUCCUCGCCGUUGUAACCCGUCAGGCCCAUGCAAUCGGCAACGGCAACAACCCUCCCAACGAAUACUUGUCUACCGCGGAAGCGGAAGUGAAAGAGCUCGAGGCGUUCGCGGCCGUCAUUUACACCAGCAACUUGGAGCAGAGUCUUGAAGAAACUCGACGCAGCCCUUCUACGGCUAGUGGGCUGAAAGGCACAGACGGGGUCGCAGCCAGCGACGUGGGGACCGUGCCGGUGGAGGAGAUGAUCGAGAGCAAACUCGAGAGUGCAUGGACCAAGGUCACUGAGCCGAUCCUUCCUUCCAGAUGA